AAAGUGCAAAACCCCACCUCGAAUUCGAUUUCUUUCUCCCCUUUUUCCACGCCCACCUUCGCUCGCUCACCAUCCUCAUCCCCUUUUCCCUUCUCCUCCACCCCCCCCCCCCAACCACCUCACCGCCGACGACCUCAUCCUCGUCGGCGCCGUCGGAUUCACCAGCGAGGGAGGUUGCGGCGGCGGCGGAGAGCGCGAGGGAGGAAAGCGGGGGAGGUGACCGCCAGCGAUGGGGCAGCAGUCGCUGAUCUACGCGUUCGUGGCGAGGGGCACGGUGGUGCUCGCCGAGUACACGGAGUUCACCGGCAACUUCACCACCAUCGCGGCGCAGUGCCUCCAGAAGCUCCCCGCGAGCAACAACAAGUUCACCUACAACUGCGACGGCCACACCUUCAACUACCUCGUCGAGGACGGAUUCACAUACUGUGUAGUUGCUGUUGAAUCAGUUGGGCGACAAAUCCCCAUUGCUUUCCUUGACAGAGUCAAGGAAGAUUUCACCAAAAGAUAUGGUGGUGGGAAAGCAGCUACUGCUGCAGCAAACAGCCUCAACCGAGAAUUCGGAUCAAAACUUAAGGAGCACAUGCAGUAUUGUGUGGACCACCCUGAGGAAAUCAGCAAGCUUGCAAAGGUCAAAGCACAAGUCUCAGAGGUCAAAGGAGUUAUGAUGGAAAACAUUGAGAAGGUUCUUGACCGUGGUGAGAAGAUUGAACUGCUUGUCGACAAGACUGAAAACCUGAGAUCUCAGGCACAAGAUUUCAGACAGCAGGGUACAAAGGUGCGGCGAAAGAUGUGGUUACAAAACAUGAAGAUCAAGCUGAUCGUCCUGGGCAUCAUCAUCGCGCUCAUCCUCAUCAUCAUCCUGUCCGUGUGCCAUGGCUUCAAGUGCAAGUGAGGGUGUUGGCUUCCCAGUCCUCCACAUUCACCUUGCCCCCCAUAAUACCGCCUAUUCCUGGCGAAAAAAAAGACCAUAUGUUUUUUUUUGUUCUGUUAGUCAUGAGUCCUGCCCCGAUUCUUGGGUGUUCGAGUGUCCCUGAUGUCGCGCUUGAUUGGUGUCGGAUAGUGACUGGGUUUAUGGGUCGGAGUCCCGUGUAUUUUUGGACGCUAUUCAUGUAUAGCCUGUAUGCUACCCUCUUUUCGCUCUGCUAUAUGAGUAGUAGGUGUUACUACGUUUGUUCCCCCACUUUAUAUCUUCUCUUACUCCACAGCUAAAUCUUAGUAAGAAGGAACAACUUGCAUUUUCAAACCUGUGAUCUUCAUAAAUAAUUUUGAUUUUGGAGAGAUUA